AUGCAGUCACUAUCCAUACGGGAAGCCAGUCACGCUGGAUCAUGGUAUACUGACCACGGCCCAACACUAACGAGCCAACUCCAAGGCUGGCUAGAAGAUGCUGAACGGGACAUGGCUCACCUGGGAGAAGUCCCGAGACCAGGUGCGAGAAUAAUCAUUGCUCCGCAUGCUGGAUAUGCAUACUCGGGCCCUGCAGCAGCGUGGGCUUAUAGGAUGCUUGAUGUGUCAAAAGCUAAGCGUAUAUUCCUUCUGGGACCCUCUCAUCAUCUCUAUCUCCCCGGUUGUGCUCUAUCGAAACACACCCACUAUGCCACCCCCAAUGGUAAUCUUCCACUGGACCAGAACACUGUUGAGACGUUGCGCCGUACGGAACAAUUCAAGAACCUGUCCGCCUCAUCUGAUUCUUCGGAGCAUAGUCUUGAAAUGCACUUACCUUAUAUUCAUCACCUCUUGAGUAUGUCCUUCAAGGGACAAGAUUUCCCGCCUCUGGUUCCUAUCCUGGUUGGCAGUACGAACCCCACAAUAGAAAAAGAAUUUGGUGCAUUACUAGCACCUUUCGUGGCAGAUCCAGCCAAUGUUUUCAUAAUUAGUAGUGACUUUUGUCACUGGGGCUCCCGCUUUAGCUACACAUAUUACUUACCUGCCAGCACCACGGAUCCAUCGGAAGGGGUGUCUCUGAGAUCAAAAGACCAACCAAGAGAUCCACCUAUCCAUGAGAGUAUUGCCAGACUCGACAAACUGGCUAUGACAGCGAUCGAGCAUGGUCAGCAUGCCGAUUUUCUUGCCACUUUGCGGGAUACGGGAAAUACAGUCUGCGGGAGGCAUCCAAUUGGAGUGAUCAUGGCCGCGAUCGAGACUCUGAAAAGUCAAAGAACAUCGGGUGAUAGUUCAGAUCAAGGCAAAUUUCAUUUCAUCAGAUAUGAGCGGAGUGGCGAUGUUGUCGAGGGAAAAGACAGCAGCGUCAGCUACGCCAGCGCUUUCGCAGUGCUAUGA